AUGUGCGACCCCUUCCCCGCCGAAGAGGCGGCGACCGGCACCAUCUUCCGCUGCAAGUUCCCGGGGUGCCUCCGCAGCUACGGGAGCACUGACGCCGCGCGAAAGCACGCGCGGAAGACGCACCCGGACUGGCUCAAGCUGGCGGACGCCGCGGCGGCGAAGCGGGUUCGGGGCGGCCCGUCGACAAAGUCGUCCUUCUACUGCGCCCGAGAGGAGGCGCCCCUCCUCUCCCCCUCCUCCGCCGUGCCAAACGGCGGCCUGCUGCGGCUUGACUCGGCUCUCGAGCGGCUUGACGGUGAGGGGGCUUGCGGCGGAGAGGGAGAGGCGGCGUGGGGGGCGAUCAGCGGCGGCGCGGACGCCGCAUCGGCCGCAGACCCGCCCGCAGGCUCGCUCGCCGCGACCGCCGCGUUUGGCGACGCCGCUGCGCCCCCCUCCUCCGCCCCCGGGCUGCCCUCUAGCCUGCCCUCCCUCUUCAGCUUGGGCGACGGGGCGGGCUGGGGUGCGGGGGCGCCUGCGUGGGCGUGGCCCGAGCCGCUCCCGCCGCUCCUCGGCGGCGUCGGGGUCUGGAGCGACUCUCCGGGCGGGUGGGAUGCCCUGCCCGCAGACCGAAUCGGCACGUUGCGCGUCGAGAUCGGCACCUCGCGGCCGUCGAGCCCCUUUGACGUGCUCGGCGCCCUCCUCUCCGUCUAG